AUGGGUGUACCACUGGAUGGAGGAGAGAAGUGGAGGGCUGAGGAAGAGAAGAGGGAAGCGCUUAAAUCGUUGAAUGAAGCUGUUGAGAAGUCGGAUGCCGCCUCCACUAAAGCUCAAGACGGAACAGCUGGAGAGCUAGAGAACGAUCUCACUGAAGCUUCUACCGAGGAGCCCACCAAUAUGUUGUCAAGGGAAGCUAGUGCAGACCAACUUCAUGACAGUCUCGAUCUCGACGCCGUUGCCAGGUCCCAAGAAAAUGGGCCCCUCGAGCGGCAGCUUGACAAUUGGCUGAGAUUCCAUGGCCUUAUCCGGGAGGAACUUAACAGUUGA